CCCGGCGGUGCCCAACGAGGGGGGACGCUAGGACCAUGCGGGUGCUCGGGGCGGCCGCGGUGCUGGGGACCCUCCUGGUCCUGGCUGUGGCUCAGAGGAGAGCCGGUGGCCGGAGCCGGCCCUGGAGCGGGCGCCCGGCGCCGUUCCGGAGCUGGGACUCGCUGCGGUACCGGCCCUGGCAGGAGGGAGCCCCGCGGCAGCCGGGCUGCUGGAGAGGCGGCGACGUCGCCUUCGACAUCAGCAACGAUGCUCCCACCAUGGCGGGCGCUGAGGCCACCUUCUCCAUCGCCCUGCGCCUGCCCAGCACCCAGGAGCUGCGGCCCGACGGCAGCGUGGUCUGGAGCCAGAACUGCACCGUCAACGGCACCCGCGUGGCCCGCGGGGACCCGGUGUUCCCGGACCCCCCCGAUGAAGCCAACGGCGUCUUCCCCGACGGGCGCCCGUUCCCCGCAGGCGGCAAGCGCGGGAGAUUCGUCUACGUGUGGUGGACGUGGGGGCGCUACUGGCAGGUUGUGGAUGGAGCCACGUCCCAGCUGACGGUGGGCACGGCCGGGGUGCCCCUGGGCUCCUACACCAUGGAGGUCGUUGUCUACCACUACCGUGGCCGCCAGAAGUUCAUCCCCAUCGGCCGUGCCAGCUCCCAGUUCAGCAUCACUGACCAGGUCCCAUUCGCGGUGGACGUGGCGCAGGUCCCCGGUGCCGUGGAUGGCGCCGGGCGCUACGUGCGGAACCGCGCCGUGGCCUUCACCGUGCGGCUGCACGACCCCAGCCGCUUCCUGCGCGACGCCGACGUCUCCUACUCCUGGGACUUCGGGGACGGGAGCGGGACCCUCAUCUCCCGCAGCGCCACCGUCACCCACACGUACCUGGAGGCCGGCUCCUUCGCCGCCCGCAUGGUGCUGCAGGCUGCCAUCCCCCUGAGCCCCUGCGGCACCUCCGCGGCGCCCGUCGUGGGCCCCACCACCGGCGCAUCACCGACAGCCCCGCUCCCCACCACGCCGGGAGUGCCCAGCACUGGUAAGGGGGCACCAGCCCCCAUCCCAUCGCCACGGGUACCAGGGGGGUUCUCCCCAUCGUCACUCUCUGCCCAUAGCACCAGCAGCAUCCGGCUCACCCACGGGGGGAUCGGAGCCGUCACCGUGCCCUCGGACACCGCUGUUACCGUGCCUUUGGAUCCAACCAUCACUGGUGUCUUGGACCCUGUUGUCACUGAUGCCGCGGAUGCUGCUGCCACUGAUGCCUUGGACCCCGUCAUCACUGAUGCCUUGGACCCCGCUGUCACCGAUGCCUUGGAUGCUGCUGUCACUGAGCCCGUCCUCGUGGCACUCAGCACCCCAGCAGCUGCUGCCGCGGGUACCGGUCCCGCUGCCACUGUGGUCCCCGUGCUCCCCACCUCGGUGGACGCAGCCAUGGCUGUAUCCGUGGCUGUAGCCACAGUUGGAGCCACGGAUGGAGCCACGGAUGGAGCCACGGAUGGAGCCACGGAUGGGGCCACAGCCAUGUCCAUGGCUGAGGCCACGGAUGCAGCCACGGAUGCAGCCGUGGUUGGAGCCACAGACGCAGCCACGGAUACAGCCACAGAUGCAGCCGUGGUUGGAGCCACAGACGCAGCCACGGAUACAGCCACAGAUGCAGCCGUGGUUGGAGCCACAGCUGGAGCCACGGGUGCAGCCACGGCAGAGCCGCUGGUGCUGGUGAAGCGCCAGGCACCGGCCGCCGAAGCCACCGGCUGCAUCCUGUACCGCUACGGCACCUUCUCCACGCAGCUCGACAUCGUCCAGGGCAUCGAGAGCGUCUCCAUCGUGCAGGUGGUGCCGGUGGCGGCAGAGGGCGGCGAGAGCAGCGUGGAGCUGACGGUGACGUGCGAGGGGAGCCGCCCCGAGCAGGUCUGCACCGUGGUGGCGGACGCCGAGUGCCGGGAGGCGGCGGCGGCUCAGACGUGCUCGGCCGUGGAGCCGGGCCCCGGGUGCCAGCUCCUCCUGCGCCAGGACUUCAACGGCUCCGGGCUCUUCUGCCUCAACGUGUCCCUGGCGGCCGGCGGCAGCCUCGCCGUGGCCAGCACCCGGCUCAGCGUCGGAGGUGGAG